CGGAGAAACAUGGCCGGGAACCGUGAGGAGGCGCCAGACUACGGGCGAGGCGUCGUGAUUAUGGAUGACUGGCCAGGGUAUGAUCUGAGCUUAUUCACGUACCCACAGCACUACUAUGGAGACUUGGAAUACGUGCUCAUCCCUCAUGGCAUCAUUGUGGACAGAAUUGAACGGCUGGCUAAGGAUAUUAUGAAAGACUUAGGAUACUGUGACAUUAUGGUCCUGUGUGUACUCAAAGGAGGCUACAAGUUCUGUGCAGAUCUGGUAGAACACCUGAAGAACAUCAGUCGAAACUCUGAUAGAUGUGUCUCUAUGAAGGUUGAUUUCAUCCGACUAAAAAGUUACAGGAAUGACCAGUCCAUGGACGAGAUGCAGAUCAUUGGAGGCGAAGAUCUUUCGACUCUGGCUGGAAAGAAUGUCCUCAUUGUUGAGGAUGUUGUUGGAACCGGGAGAACCAUGAAAGCCUUGCUCAGUAGCAUAGAGAAGUACAAGCCCAACAUGAUCAAGGUAGCCAGUUUGUUGGUGAAAAGAACGCCUAGAAGUGAUGGCUUUAGACCUGACUAUGCUGGAUUUGAGAUUCCAGACUUAUUUGUGGUGGGUUAUGCCUUAGAUUACAAUGAAUACUUCAGAGAUCUAAAUCACAUAUGUGUGAUCAAUGAACACGGCAAAGAAAAAUAUCGAGUCUAAAGAAGUAAAAUUUUGCCAUCGCAUCUCCAGAUAACAUCCUACUUAACGACUACACUCAGGAAGCCAGCAUGUAAAAUUUGUCUCCCAGGCAUCUUCACUCAGCAGGACUUAAAAUGGAAAAAAAAAUUUUUUUAAUGAACGAGCUUUCUUUUCUGAGAUUAUAACAUAACA